GUGUGAAGUCGUCGGCGUUGGUCCGACCCAGUGUGUGUGCGCCAGUGUGUUUGAAUGAGUGUGUGCCCUGACAGCAGCUGGCAGAGGUGACAUUCAUUGGUUUCACUGGUUUGGAAUUAAUGACAAGCUUCGAGGUCCGGAUAUUUACAUGAAUCAGCGAUGCCCUGUGUACAAGCCCAGUAUGCAUCCCUGCCCCAUGACACCUACUUCAGCUCUGAGUUCUUGAAUCCUGACCUCAGUGCCAAACUGGUGAUGGACAUCAGUGGCCAAAAGGACCAGCUGUCUACAUCUUCGUUGCCCAGCAUCAACACCUUGGUGGGAAAUGGCUAUGUGGGGGAGUUUGAUGCUUAUUCCUGCAGGAUUACCACCUCUCCUCCCGCCUCUACAGUGCCAUUCAAUCAUGCCAUGGUAGCUGAAAGCUCCAGCCCUCAGAUGCAGAACCAGGCCUUCAAGCUGGAUGAUCUCCAGGUGUACGGCUGUUACCCAGGCUCCUUUGCAUUCAGCUGCCUCGAUGAAACACUGUCGUCAUGCGGUUCAGACUACUAUGGCAGCCCAGUUUAUGCCGCUGCUUCUCCUCCAACACCAGGCUUUCAGACCCAGUCUGCACCCGCCUGGGAUUCCCCUUUUUGCUCCUACCCCUCAGCACCCCCCUCAUCUGUGGCUGAUAAGGCCGCCAUGGCUCAGCAGCUCUCCUUUUUCACCUUUAGCCCCACAUCGGAACAGCACUCUCCCCUGGGGCAGCAUCAGGAUGUUCAGUCAGGCCAGGACGACCCCUUCUUCUUGUCUCACCAGCAGCACGUCUCUCCACUUCAUUGUCCCCCCAUGUCCCUGGAUCAUGUACCUGUGGAAAGCCCCAGGAUAAUGGAGGGGGCCAUGUCGUCCCCUAAGACCCACAACCCAGGAUCCAGUGAGGGCCACUGUGCAGUGUGUGGGGACAAUGCAUCCUGUCAGCACUAUGGAGUCCGCACCUGUGAGGGAUGCAAAGGUUUCUUCAAGAGAACUGUGCAGAAAAAUGCAAAGUACGUGUGCCUUGCUAAUAAAGACUGUCCGGUGGACAAGAGGAGGAGGAACCGCUGCCAGUUCUGCCGUUUCCAGAAAUGUCUCGUAGUGGGAAUGGUCAAAGAAGUUGUGCGCACGGACAGCCUUAAAGGUCGCCGGGGUCGCCUUCCCUCAAAACCCAAGACUGUGGCCGAAGCUUCGUCCACAACCCCCAGUGUCAACAUCAUAUCCUCUCUUGUCAGGGCACAUUUGGACUCAAACCCAACCACUGGAAAGCUGGAUUACUCCAAGUACCAGGAGACAGUGGAAAACCUGAAAGAAAAGGAAGACGCUGGUGACAUCCAGCAGUUUUAUGACCUGCUGACCGGUGCCUUGGAUGUGAUCAGACAAUGGGCUGAAACCAUCCCUGGAUUCACAGACUUCUGCACAGAGGACCAGGAGCUGCUGCUUGAAUCUGCCUUUGUUGAGCUCUUCAUCCUCCGACUCGCAUACAGGUCAAAUCCAGAGAAGGACAAGUUAAUCUUCUGCAACGGCGUGGUCCUCCACCGACUGCAGUGUGUUCGCAGUUUCGGUGACUGGAUCGACUCGAUCAUGGAUUUCUCCCAGAGCCUUCACCGCAUGAACUUAGACAUCUCCUUUUUUUCCUGCCUUGCGGCGCUUGUUAUCAUCACUGAUCGUCAUGGCCUCAAGGAGCCCAAACGGGUUGAGGACUUUCAGAAUCAUCUCAUCACUAGUUUAAGGGAACAUGUGAGUGGAAACGGAUCAGAACCAACCAGGACCCAGCCCAACUAUCUUUCUCGUCUUCUGGGCAAACUCCCCGAACUGAGAACUCUGUGCACACAAGGCCUGCAGCGCAUCUUUUACCUGAAACUGGAGGACUUGGUCCCACCUCCACCAAUUGUGGAGAAAAUCUUCCUGGAUACACUGCCAUUCUGAAAAAAACAUGUUUGAUAUGUAAAAAUGCUCGGCACACAGAUGGAGGAACGCAUUUAAUGAGAGGUUUCAUCGCUGAACUCAACUGGUGAACCUGCCUCUCUCACGCUGACCUGUGUGUUGUCAGAUGUCUGACAUUAUUCAAGAGACCCUUAUUUUUCUAACAUUCAUUUUAAAAACUGAAUAUGGUACCUGUGUGAGUGCUACAUAAACAUUUAUUUCAGUUCCAUGAAACUGUCAUAGACAGAACUGAAACAAUAUGAACAGUUCAGGAGUAUGGACAGUACAGUUCACAUAUAUUUUGUGUCCAUUUGUAAAUUGACUUUAUUGCCGUGCUAUAUGUGUGAAUGUUGCUAUGCAGCUUAAAAAGACAUGGGUAUUUGGGUAGAUGCAAUGCAGUGAUACGUACUCAGAAACACACUAAUUUUUAAAAAAACAUUGUUUUUGAAAUUACUUUUUGACCCCACUAAGAAUCUGAGGAUGUAGAUUAUUUAGCUGAAAGGGGUAGACAGAAUCACAAGUCCUGUUUGUAAAAAAAAAGAACUGCGGAGUCGUACUUCAUUUACCAAUUUACAAAUUUCUUUGUAUCACAAAGGAUAGUUUUAGUCAUACUCGUGCUCCUGUGGAAGGUCUCGGACCAAAGUUUACUCUUAUUUUGAUACUCUCAGUUACGAACCUUAUUGCCUUAAGCUAAACACAAUGUUACGCCAUAACUCUUGUGCUGCCAUUUUGCAAGACCUUGUAAAUGCUGAUGCUGGCAGAGCUCCUGUUGAACAGCGUAUCCCUGUAAUAACAUACUUCUCCAGCUUUUGAGAACAAAAAUCGACUUGUCUAUUGAAAACGCAAAGUGCCUUUUAUAACGCCUCAGUCCAUGAAGCACAUUAAAUGGACACAAAGUGAUUUUUCAUUCCAGAUAUCACAGUACAAUCCCCCAUUUGUUGCAGACAUGGAAAAAAAUGUGUCACCAUCAGAAUUCAUAUUGAACUCCUCAUUGAUGAAUAUGAUUUCAAGUCUGUGCCAGCUUUAAAUUCAUGUGAAUAUCAAAACAUAGUUUGACAAAGGGCAUACAAUACUUGAACGCACACUGCUAAACUCAAAGGGCAACAAGUGGAGAAAUGUGGUUUAGGAUCUACAUUCAUAAAAUCCUGUUCACAUGUUUCCUGAGGCAGUGAAAGUUGGAACUACAGCAGAGCAGUCCAUUGAGAUUAAAGUAUGUCAGAGCACAUUUCAGGAUAUAUUUUGAAAAAACCCACAAUGCUUGAAGCAUAUUCAGACAUCUUAUGUUUGACCUUAACUAGUCUGUGGCUGUAACAUGCUGACUUAAUCGUUUAUGAACAUCACCUCUGUGAAAAGAUUCUCUUACUGUCUUCCACUUUCUUCUGAAUUUUUUUUUUUUUACAUGUUGAUUUUUUUUUUUUUAAAUCUCAAAAUGAACUAAAGAAAUACAGAAUCUUAAGAAAUCACAGUGAAAUGUGACGAGAUGAUGAGCAGGUAUUCACAAUGUUGACAAUGUUCAGACAGUGAGAAAGAUACUUCCCUCUCCUUCUGUAUGAGUUUAGUUUGGAACAUGUGUGUGGAAAAAAAUAAUGCUGCCAGGGCUUUUGUAUAAUGGUGCAAAAGUAUUCAGAGACAGAGAAUAUUUGAUAAUAAAUGUUUUUAAAAAUA